GCAUCGCUGAUGGAGCCGGGCUCGGGGCUGCCGCAGCGCAGGGCGGGGGGCGGCGGGCUGGACCUCGGGGCGGGCUCGGCGGCGGGGUCGCCGGCGCUCUCGGGGGGGCAGUCCCGCCGCAGGAAGCAGCCGCCGCGCCCGGCCGACUUCAAGCUGCAGGUGAUCAUCAUCGGGUCGCGGGGGGUGGGCAAGACCAGCCUUAUGGAGCGAUUCACCGACGACACCUUCUGCGAGGCCUGCAAGUCCACCGUGGGUGUUGAUUUUAAAAUCAAAACAGUAGAGCUAAGAGGAAAGAAAAUUAGAUUACAAAUCUGGGACACAGCAGGUCAGGAGAGAUUCAACAGCAUUACCUCAGCUUAUUACAGAAGUGCCAAGGGAAUUAUUUUGGUGUAUGAUAUCACCAAGAAGGAAACAUUUGACGAUUUACCAAAAUGGAUGAAAAUGAUUGAUAAGUAUGCUUCAGAAGACGCAGAGCUUCUAUUAGUUGGAAAUAAACUGGACUGUGAAGUUGAUCGAGAGAUUUCUCGGCAGCAGGGAGAGAAGUUUGCACAGCAAAUAACUGGGAUGCGGUUCUGUGAAGCAAGUGCCAAGGAUAACUUUAAUGUGGAUGAAAUAUUUCUAAAACUUGUUGAUGACAUUCUGAAAAAGAUGCCACUGGAUGUUAUAAGAAAUGAGUUGUCCAACAGUAUCCUGUCCCUGCAACCAGAGCCAGAAAUCCCACCAGAACUGCCUCCUCCAAGGCCACAUGUCCGUUGCUGUUGACUUUUUACUUCCUCCAGAGUGAAAAAUAUGAGCAGGAGGGUAAAGAAAGUAUCUGUACUACUCUGCACUACAAUCAUUUGGCAGUUUCUCAUUGCACUUUGUUAUUCGAGUCAGAGCUACACACUAACUUGUAAAUAUGCAAAUAUGCAAUCCUAUGUAGGAUUCAACUAUAACAUUUAAUUAUUACCCCUCUCCCUCACAAUGAUGUUUCGUUCAUUGCCCCAGUGUUAUAAAUACUGUACAGUCGGUGGGGGUUUGCCACACAUCCAGUUGAGGAGGAGGAGAAAUUAAAUCUAUUCCUAUUCUUGACAUAAAUGUUGUAAUAGUUCUUUGUUAUUAUAAACAGGCAGGCAGAAGCUCUUCUGGUAUGAAGAUAAGUAUAUGGUGCUUUGCUAACUAUUUUAAAGACAAAUUUUUUAAAAACAGAGGACUUUAUGUACAAAGCUUCCAUAAUCAGCAUUAUGUUUCCUUUUAAUGUAGUGAAAACAUUUUUGGCUGUAGCAUCCUCUGCUGACUGGAUUUAUUGAAAAGCUAAGUUUAAUUUUUGGCAGUCUUUUAUUUAUUUUGUUUAAUGCUGCACCCUUUCUUUGUGUACCAAGACAUCACACCUGGUGCAGAUCUAAGAUUGCACUUUGAAAAAAACAUAUAUAAUUUUCUGCAUAAACAUAAAUUUGGUUACACAAAUCAUUAAGUUUCAAUAAAAGAAUGGAGAUAUAUCAAGCUCUAAAAGAAGGUAUAAAAAAAGCAAUGCUGCUGUCCUAGACAAAUUCUUGAGAAAAAAAAAAUUAAGAUGAUACAUUUUCCUGUGUUAAGGAAUAUAUAUGUGUAUUUUUGUCUGGACAUCUGUAGGGAUGGGGGAAGGGAACCUAAGGUAAAAUUAUUUUCUUUCCUAAUGGUGGAAAUUAUUCCCAUCAAGCAAAUACUGUGUUAGGAUUUUGUCUGAUAAUGAACUUGUGAAUUAUAUCUUUGGUAUAUCUUUUAUUAAAUGCACUGUUUAGUUUAGCUGUGGUAAAUCAGUAGAUACAUAUUUGAAUAACUUGGUGUGUCCUGAAUGUUGUGGUAUUGAAAAACAUUGUGGUCUUUCUAAACUAAUGAAGUGCAAAUAAAAUUUUGUAUUUAUGAA